AUGGAUCCAGACUUCCUUAACUUGCUGGCCUAUAACAUCCACGUGAACGGCGUGCUGCACUGCCGUGUGCGCUACAGCCAGCUGCUGGGCCUGCACGAACAGCUACGGAAAGAAUAUGGGGCCAAUGUGGUGCCGGCGUUUCCGCCCAAGAAGCUCUUCACCCUCACCCCGGCAGAGGUGGAGCAGCGGCGGGAGCAGCUGGAGAAGUACAUGCAGGCAGUGCGGCAGGACCCAGUGCUGGGGGGCAGUGAAACCUUCAACAGCUUCUUGCGGAAAGCCCAGCAGGAGACGCAGCAAGUCCCCACCGAGGAGGUGCCACUGGAGGUGCUGCUCUCCAACGGCCAGAAGGUCGUGGUCACCAUCCUGACCUCAGACCAGACGGAGGAUGUCCUGGAGGCUGUCGCCUCCAAGCUGGAUCUGCCCGAGGACUUAGUUGGCUACUUCAGCCUCUUCCUGGCAAGAGAAGCCAAGGACGGAGCCUUUUCCUUCGUGAGGAAGCUGCAGGAGUUUGAGUUGCCAUACGUGUCUGUCACCAGCCUCCGCAACCCCGAGUACAAGAUCAUCCUGCGCAAGAGCUACUGGGAUUCUGCCUAUGAUGACGAUGUGAUGGAGCAGCGGGUGGGGCUGAACUUGCUGUAUGCACAGACGGUGUCGGACAUAGAACGCGGCUGGAUCCUCGUCACCAAGGAGCAGCACCGGCAGCUCAAAUCCCUGCAGGAGAAGGUCUCCAAGAAGGAGUUCAUCCGCCUGGCGCAGACCCUGAAGUACUACGGGUAUCUCAAGUUCGAGCCUUGCAUCACCGACUUCCCCGAGAAGGGCUGCCAGGUCGUUGUGAGUGCCGGCAACAAUGAGCUCAACUUCCAGGUUCCCACAAGCAGCGGGCCCCUGGGGAGCAGCCCGGGGAAAGCAGAGGUGAAGCUGGAGCUGGCCUGA